CCUCUGUUUUUAAUUUCAUAUCAAUUGACUUUCCAUAUUCUUCUUUCUUAAGCAAAAUAAAAAUAUCGAUACUUGAUUUUCCAGGAAAAUUAUAGUCGUAGCUUCCCCGGAGAGUACCGCUCCGAUUUACCUCUAAAUAAUACGAGAAGAGAAGAGAAGGCAAUACAGGAAGGAAGGAACCCUUCAUUUUUGUUUGUUGGUGAUAUAAAAAAGAAUGGGGCAACAGCAAUCAAAGCACGAGUUGCUGUAUCAGCAAGUGAAAAACAACAACAUAGAAGGAAUCAAAAAACUUUGCAGGGAAGGCGCUCGCCUCGAGUGGAUUGAUCACGAAGGAAAAACACCACUGAUAGUGGCUUGUUUGGAUCCUCAACUUUUUAACGUGGCUAAAACGUUGGUUGAGCUCGGUGCUAACGUUAAUGCCUAUCGCCCCGGUCGAAGGGGGGGGACGCCCUUGCAUCACGCGGCAAAAAAAGGUCUUGAAAAUACUGUCAAGUUACUUCUUUCACAUGGAGCAAAUGCAUUAAUGACGAAUGAUGAUUGCGAAACUCCUCUAGAGGUUGCUAGGGCAAAAGGGUACGUCAAUGUUGUCCGGGCAAUUGAGAGUCGCAUUUGCGUAUUCUCUGGUUGGUUGCGGGAGCUUCAUGGACCUGGAUUUCUAGAAGUAGUGGCACCUCGGUUGGCUUCAAGGAACAAAUGGGCUGUUGUUUUGCCUACUGGUUCCCGUGAUCAUGGAACGCCUUGCAAGUUUGAGCUUGCCAUGUAUUCUAGUUUGCAGGGUGCUAAACCAUGCACGAAAAUUGCAUUGUGGAAAGCAAAUCUGGAAGAACCAAAGUUUCACCACUCCAAUCCUACCGUGAUGAUUGUUGACAACUCCACUAAAACACGCAUUAAACUCGCACCAGCAAAUAAAAGAGACAAGCAACAGCUUCAGUGGUUUUGUGAUGCAUGCAAAGGAAUGCCACAGGUAAUGCAUCCUCCACAAUUUCUGUCCACAUCUCAGAAUCUGGCUGUUCAAGCAACUGCUCCACCAUCUGAUGAAGAUCCAGAGAUAGCAAUGGCAAUAAAUGCCUCCAUUCAGUCUGCCAUGGCAGAGCAACCUAUUUUUGAUACCUACUCUAGCACUGGAGCAAGUUCAUCCACUAGCUGGAAUUGCGCUGUUAAUGCUGGAGGUCAAGGUGCUAUGGAUGUGCCAGCAGCACCUCCUCUAAAGACAACUAGCCGCGGAUGGGCACCUUAUGAAGGUGUAUCUAGCGGCAGCUCUACUCAGCAAACCAGGAUCUUUAAUUACAGCGUUGCUGAUGUCCAGACAGCAACUGAUGCCCAAGAUUCAGUCCCAUCAGCUCCACCCAUUGUUGAUGAGAAUUUACAAGAAAAAACAGGUGGAAAGAAAGAAGAUGGAGGUUCAUCAUCAUGUGUAAUAUGUUUAGAUGCUCCAGUUGAGGGAGCUUGCAUUCCAUGCGGCCACAUGGUUGGAUGCAUGUCUUGUUUGAAGGAAAUCAAAGCCAAGAAAUGGGGUUGCCCUAUGUGUCCUGCCACAAUUAACCAAACUGUAAGGCUCUAUGCUGUUUGAUUCUUGCUGAAGAAUGAAGCUGUAAAUGGCAAGUUUGGCAGCGCAAGAGACUUGACAACUUGAGUUGCUGCAGUUAGGCAACUUCUUUGAACAUUGUACUCGCGUACUUGUGAUUAUUAAGACCAUGUAUGGGUUCUUUAAGGGUACACCUUAUGUGAGUCUUUUGUGUAUAAUUUCUUUGUGUAC